AUGGCUAACGAUCAGUGGAUCUAUGACACACCUCCCCUCUCUGAUGUAGAGGCCAAGCUCAGGCCACUCCUAGUUCAGCUUGGAAAAGACAACAAACUAUUAGGAGUUCAGGUUUGCGCUUACAAAGAUGGAAAGGUUAUUGUUGACACUGCUGGUGGAUUGCUCGAAAAAGAUAGUGACCGGCGGGUACAGCCGGAUAGCCUUUUUCCAGUUUUUUCUGUAACAAAGGGAAUAACAGCUGGAAUGUUACAUUGGUUGAUCGACGCCGGGAAAUUGAAGCUUGAGGAUUGUGUUGCAAACAUAUGGCCAGAAUUUGGAUCAAAUGGAAAAGAUCACAUAAAGGUCCAUCAUGCGCUUAACCAUACAUCUGGACUGCACAAUGCCUUGGCAGACGUAGUGUUAGGGAACCCUUUUCUCAUGUCUAACUGGGAAGAGUGUUUAAAAAGCACUGCCAUGUCAGAACCUGAGACCGAGCCUGGAAAGGAGCAGACAUACCACUACAUAUCCUAUGGUUAUAUCUGCGGCGGAAUCAUUGAGCAUGCAUCAGGGAAGAAAUAUCAGGAGAUUCUUGAAGAAGCAUUCAUUCGCCCCCUAAAACUCGAAGGAGAGUUGUAUGUUGGAAUCCCUGCAGGAGUGGAAGCUCGGCUUGCAAGCCUUGCACCCUAUGGAGAUGAUCCGAAGAAGCUUUCAGAGAUUGGCAGCCGUUUGGACUUGCCCUCCAGCCUCAAGCCAGACAACAUUCAACAAGCUGCUACCAUGGUGCCUGCUCUAUUCAACAUGCUCAACAUCCGCCGCGCCAUCAUCCCAGCAGCCAACGCACAUUGUUCAGCACGCGCGCUAGCACGUUACUAUGCAUCCCUAGUUGAUGGUGGUGCUAUUCCACCACCACAUCCCACUUCCUCCUCGACACCACCUCUCGGUAGCCAUCCUCACAAUCCCCACUCUCCUGCUGUUGAAAACUCACCAUCCAGUCCUAAGAAAGAUAAGCUGUUCAGCAACCCCAAAAUUCAUGAUGCUUUUUUGGGGGUGGGGGAGUAUGCAAGUUUGGUUAUGCAGGAUGGGAUAUUUGGACUCGGGUUCAAGAGGUGCCACCACUCGAAGGACAAUUCACUUAUCGGCUUUGGGCACUCAGGAAUGGGUGGAUCUACUGGCUUUUGUGACAUACAAAACAAGUUUGCUAUUGCUGUAACUUUGAAUAAGAUGUCAUAUGGUGCUGAGACAGCAAGAAUAAUACAGUUGGUUUGUUCAGAGCUGAAUAUCCCAGUGCCAGAGGAGUACUCAGGUUUUGAAGACAGUGAUGCAAAAGUUUUGGUUAAUUGA